GCAGCAGAUAAAGCCCAUGUAUUCGUUGUAAACUUUCCAGCAUUCAGACUUUAUUUGUCUGAGGUUGAUACUCCCCUCUGUGGGUGGAGAAGCCGAGGGACUGGCUGACGUCACCCAAAGCGCAGGGAUAAAGUGCAGUGCCCACAGCUGUGGGGUGAGUAAAACUUCCCAAGAGGUGUCCGAGGUGGGCUGCCCUGUCCAGCAGGUGCUCCACUGACAGCACCCUUCCUCCUGCAGCUUGGCUCCUCACACAGACCUCAGGGAGAAAGAACAGGAACCAAGAAAAACAACUGUCCACAAUGCCACAAAACGUUAUUCUCCAAGGACCAGCACCCUGGGGAUUCCGGCUCUCAGGAGGAAUAGAUUUUAACCAACCCUUAAUCAUAACCAGGAUUACACCUGGAAGCAAGGCUUCAGCCGCCAACCUGUGCCCUGGUGAUGUUAUUGUAGCUAUUGAUGGCCUAGGUACAGAGAACAUGACACAUAACGAUGCCCAGGAGAGAAUUAAAGCAGCUGUACAUCAGCUUUGUUUGAGAAUAGAGAGGGCAGGAACUAAAUUAUGGUCCCCACAAGUUUCAGAAGAUGGCAAAGCACAUCGCUUCAAGGUCAAUUUGGAAGCUGAACCACAGGAUAUCAACUACUUUGAACACAGGCAUAAUAUUCGGCCCAAACCCUUCAUAGUCUCAGGCCGAAGCAGUGGAUGCAGCACUCCCUCGGGGAUUGACUGUGGCAGUGGACGCAGCACCCCCUCCUCCAUUAGCACGGUCAGCUCCAUCUGCCCCACCGAGCUGAAGGCCGUCUCCAAGAUGGCCCCAAACAUUCCCCUGGAGAUGGAGCUUCCCGGUGUCAAGAUCGUACACGCUCAGUUUAACACACCUUUGCAGUUGUACUCAGAUGACAAUAUCAUGGAAACACUGCAAGGCCAAGUGUCUACAGCUCUGGGGGAAACACCCGUAAUAAGUGACCCAUCUCCGAACGCAGUGCCUCAGUCUGACGUGUACAGGAUGCUGCACGCCAACCAGGAGGAGCCCAGUCAACCUCGCCAGUCUGGCUCCUUUAAGGUGCUCCAGAAUUUAGUCUCCGAGGAAGGACGCCCCAUGGGUACAAGAAGUGUGAAAGCUCCUGUAACAAAGAUACCUUCUGCCAUGCCUGGUGCCCAGAAAGUGCCACUGUGUGACAAGUGUGGGAAUGGGAUUCUAGGAACAGUGGUGAAGGCACGUGAUAAAUACCGGCAUCCAGAAUGUUUUGUGUGCUCUGACUGCGGCCUCAACCUGAAACAAAAAGGCUAUUUCUUUGUGGAGGGCCAACUAUACUGUGAAGCUCAUGCACGAGCUCGCAUGAGGCCACCAGAGGGAUACGAAACAGUUACCGUUUACCCGAAAUGCUAGUCUUAUGUUAACACACAAAUCUAUGCAUGCACACAAAAAGCCACUAACAGCUUAGAACUGCAGUACAAGAGUCAGGACUUCUGCCUGAUUCCAAAGUAGCAGCUUUUAAACCUUUUUUCUGGGAUUCUGAGGUCCCUGUUAGGCAGCAGUAGCACAUUUAUACCAGUAAAAUUCUGCUAAAAUAUUAUCUUUGAAGUUGCCAAAAUAACUCAAUGAAGUAUAAGCUAAAACAUCUGUACUGGACUAAAGAAACUGAAACAGCUGAGGUAAUACAUGAUUACUACAGCAUAUACAUAAGUGCUCUAAUCAAGACAUUAUUUUUAACAGAAAUUAAGUAUCUGUGCAAACACCAAAGCCAUCCAAGUGUUACAGGCUGGGCCCUAACAAAUGCAGAACUUUUCCACAUGAUUAGAAAGCAGAUAUUUUACAUGGAUAGUACAAAACAAGCAGUUGUUCCUGUCCGCUUCUACCAUCCAUUAUUCAACUACCAUUAACGUACGCCAAAACCAGAUUUUGCUUACUCUGCUUUGAAUUUGGGAUUAUAUUGACUUAAUUUUCUGGUGCAAUAACUGUGACAAGGAAUACGUACCAAUUCAUACAAUAAAAUGGCUUGCAUAAUAAAGACUGUUUAGUAAAAGGCAAAACAGAAGUUCUACAUUGUUUUAAUGAUUUGCAGUGAAAUCAGCUUUCACAUCACUUAGCAGGAAAUUGUUCUGAGGCAUGCACACACAUGUAUUGGGUUUUGGAGGAAAAAACAAACAAACAAACAAACACACCAACCCAUGUUCUAAUAGGAACUCACUGCAAAUUGCGAAUGAAAGCAAAUUUUAAAACUUUUCUGCAGAAAAUGGUUCUGGUUUUUUGCAUCUUCAUCUUUCAAUUUCCAUAAUAGAAACCAUGGAGAAAUAUCUUCAUAAUAUCUUCAUUGCUGGUAAAUUAAAACUUGGACAACUUUAAAAACAAAUGUCAAAAUAUGAAAAGGAAAGGUCUUUUUAAAAAGCCUGGUGAAGUCCUAAGAAAAAAAGGCUGGAAGAACACAUUUUUUAAAUCCAUUUCUGAAACUCUUUCAGGGCUACAUUGCUUUCAGGUAGGUGGCAGCUACGCACCUCAUUGACAAACCGAACCAUAGCAUUUUCAAAAAAUAUCAAUGCAAUUCAUAAAUGAUUUCUUGGGGUAUUCUGAACCCACUUUAAAUAGAAAAAUCCACAACAUUUUAUAUGAAGUCUACAAGACUAGCAGAAAUUAACAACUUGGUGGCAAAAACAAUUUUACAUACUUUUCUCAUUCUACAAUGAAAGAAGCUUAAAAUGUAAGAAAAUGGAAUCAAAACAAGAAGCUGUACAUACUUUAAAUCUAUUUUUAAAAUUCAGAUGAGUACCAAGGCUUGAAAUAUAACGCCACAUAUUCAAAGACUUUUAAAAAUGUCUUUAAAGUAUUAUUUCAGAAUUUAAAUGUUUUUAAAAUGUGUGUCACUGCAUUUAUAAUUUAUGUCUGCAUAUCAAAAGCAGACAUAAAGAAAGUGUUGCACCCUUUCAAAGGUUAUUUCCCAAAUCAUUUUUGGACACAAAACAUAAUUUUGCUCCCCAUGUAUCAUUGAGGAUAUGUGUGGCAUUUAUAGCAUUUAUAUUUUUUCCACUGAUAAAGCCCAUAAUCUGAAAAUUCUUUUGAAACUGAGAGUGCAUAUAAUGCCUAUUUUUACAAACCUAAAACGUCAUUUGUGUUUUAAAAUAUUUGCUUAAUGUUCAUUUAUUUGUGGAGUAACUAAAGAUAAAAAUAAAUCUACAUAUGACAAA